AAAUACAUAAACUAUUUGCUUUAGUGUGUUAUAGUCUGGUUGAUGGUUAAACCUAUCUAGUCUGUCAUGAAGAAUACAAACUAGUGCAUUUCUGAAUGAUUGAUCGAGUAAAGUUGGAUUUAGCCUAUGAUCUGUCAAGAAAAUGCAACAGAAAAACCUGUAUUACAUUGUCUCAACAUUAUGAAAAAAGGCUUUGGUGUGCUGCUAUGAGUUCAGUGGCAACAUAAUUAACCAGCUUCAGCCAAGUUGCCUCCUUGGCGACUGCGCGCGCGUGUCUAUCAACAUCGUACAAGGACUGUUUGUUGUCCGGUGCCCGGCGACGUCACGGAAUUUGAGAGCGCGACAGUGCGCCCUAGGACUCAAAUACUGUGGCAAGUUUACCGACGUGAGUUUUCCUGAUCCGACUCUUGUUUGGAGCUCGUCUCUCUUGCAUUGGAAUAGUACAAGGGAGAAGGAAAAUAAUCAGAAUCUAUGAUCUCGCUCCCUUUGAUGAAAACAGUCCCAUUUUACCCUCUGACUUCAUGAUCCAAUUGGGUAUAGACAGUCUAUUCGCCAGAGAUGUCCACCGCUGCAACUCCAACCACCCCCUCUCAGUUAACAUCGGAUCAACUCACGGUCAUUGUGGCAGCAUUUUCAGGUCUGGUGUUCUUUGUGGUGAUCGUGGUGCUGCUGUCCAUAUACCGAAAAGAACCUCACUGCUGCAAGGACACCCAUGGAGACAUGGAUACCCCUCCUCAGUACUACAGCAGCAGACAGACACUGGUGGGAAAUCCCUGUCUGGAACAGACUCAUGACAUCAUACACGACAACACACACUCACAGUCAGGGCAGCUGUUCCUUAUCGGCCUGCCCUCCAGCUACCGCCUGCCCUCCCUGGAGGCGCCCCUCCCCAGGCUGCCCUCCUACGAGAGUGUCAGGAAGAAGGACCGCCAGAGACAGAUACACAUGAUGAUCGCUGACCGUUUCGGCCUCAACGGCUCCAUGCUGACUGAGCCCCCUCCAACGUAUGAGGAGAGCAUCCGCCACUCUAUUGAAGUGCCCUUUGACAUUCUGGGAUCUGUAAUAGACGCCCCUCAUCCCCUGAACAUUUCCCCUCCGCACCCUGGCACAGACUUUACCACUCAGUCAGAGGUAACCACUCAGUGCCCAUCCACUCAGGAUGCCAACAGUGCCACCCUACCAGUCUGAAUCCUCAGACUCGCUACUGACACACGAUGACAAGGACAACUGGAGUAUUGAUGCUUUUUAUCCACCUUGAUGUGCCAAACUGGUCAGAGGAUAACAGACAGUGGAAAUGAACACAUUCUCAAUAGGUUGAAUCAGAUCCAGCAGCCAAUGGGUUGACUGUACUGUAGGAACAUUCCGCAGUGGCAGUAUGCUGGAAGAUAGUGACCAAAGAUGGUGAAAUUCUACAUUGCGGGUUACUCCAUAAUGACAAACUUGAAUGUCUAAACACCUCUUGUCAGUUGUGAUUUUAAACUGGAGCCUAAAUAAGAUUGAUGAACUGGGAAGACUUGGAUUACCAUUCUUCAGUGAAAAGGGAAACCGUCCUGUAGAUGACCAAUACCAUGACUAUAUGUGUCUGAGGUGGCAGGUUCUAAUGCCAAAGUUAACUGUAAGAGGAGACAGGCCAGGUAGAAAGACACUCCAUGACAAUCUGCUGCUGAAAAACAAAGACUAUUUUGCUGUGAACAGAAAAAGCACCAAAAAGGGAAGAACGAUCUUUAGAUAAAAAAAAAAUGUUUAUCAUAUUUUCUACAUUUGAUCAUUUUAUGGAUUAAAGUAAUCUGGAUGAUUGUUUUUUGGGGAACUGUGUUGUAGCAAGUCCUUUUCUGAGUAAAAUCACUCUCCUCUUUUAGUGCAAUGUACGAGCCAAAAACGUAUAAGCGUGAGAUAUAAAAUGCUCAUAUGUCCUACCCUGCUGAGCUUGGGUUGUACAGCUGAGCCAGCUACAACUUGUGUGUUAGUCUUGGAACCUGUGAAGAGUGAGUCAACAACACCAAACCUGUGUUGGCUCUGGUAACGGGUCUUAAAAGCCCAAUGCAGCCGUUUUUAUAUCAAAUCAUUUAUGGGUAAUAAUAAUGUACCUUACUGUGAUGGUUUUCUAUUAAAAUGAUCAAAAUUGUUUUUUUGUUGCUUUUAAGCUUUUUAAGCGUUAAACGUUUUAACAAGCAAGAUUUGUGGUCCGAGUGGGGAGGAGAAAAGGGAAAACUAGUUGUUAUUGUUAGUGAGGUUUGGAACUCUUUGUUAUUAAUCUAUUAACUCAUUUACCACCUGGUGAUGUCACCAGGCAUGCCGAAACUUCACCAUGCAAAACCUGCUGUUUAGAAGGUCCUAUGUAGAAUGUAUUUUCACCCAGGAAAUAAUACCGAUCAAAUCUUGUUAGUUUCAUCAGCUGUUGUACAAUAUGAUGCAAAACACAGAAAACUGAAUUUUGAAUUUUCACGGGGCCUUUAAGAUACAAUUCAGCAUUGGGAUUGUGGGAAGCGUUAACUAAGUAGCUAGCUUUGUUUAUUCAAGAGCUCUGUGAACAGUGAAUGAGAAUAGCUGUGUAAAAAGCUUUUUUUUGUUGGUUAACUGGGCUGCCUGUCUUAACAGUCCCUGCACAAGCUUGAGAAGAAACCAGUAUGAAUGACAAGAAAAAGUAUGUAAUAUUUCCCUCACAUCAUGUCUGAAACAAAAGUAUGAGGUUUCAGCAGCCGUUAGCAAGUAGAGACAAGUCUACUCAAAAGACAGCAAUUGGGAAAUACUUGUACAAGUGUAAGAGUGAGAAUUGGAGUUGAUGAUCAUUUAUAGACCUGUCUGUCACGUAAACUAAUUGAGAUGGUGGUGGCUUCUAGAUAAAGACAUGUUUAACAUAGCGCCUGUGUGCUGUCUCUGUCUGGCCUUAAUGUCCACUAGUGUCCUUUUCACCUCAUUUAACACAUGAUUUACUUUACAAAAGGCACAUCUCAAUAGGUGGUCCAGGUAUGACAUGACAUGGAACAAGCAGGGGGAGAGGCAGGUGGUACUUUCCUCUUUUGUUCUCUAUUGUUCCUCAAACAAGGAGGAGGCUGAUGACAUCACAUCUGACCAUCUCCUUGUAUUUGAUUUAUUUAACCUUUAUUUAUCUAGGCAGUUAAGAACAGUGGGUUAACUGCCUUGUUCAGGGGCAGAACGACAGAUUUUUACCUUGUCAGCUCGGGGAUUCGAUCUAGCAACCUUUCGGUUACUGGCCCAACGCUCUAACUACUAGGCUACCUGCCGCCCUUAAUCUGCCACUCCAAAAUCCUUGAAGUUAACUUAAAGUUUGUGGUUGUCUCAAAUACACUAUUUUGCUCAAAACAUUUUUUUUUUAACCCUUUAGUGUAUGUAUUUAUACUUGGGAUAUUUGAACAGGAAAAGUAAAACAAAAUCACUGGAGGACGUCUAACUUUCACUUUCCGAACCCUCUAAAAUGCACUUUACAUUGGUGGGAGCAGUGUUUUUGUGCAUUUUGAAUCACCCUGGAACCUAACUUUUAUACAAGUGAAUUUAUGACCUGUAAGUUUACUUUGAGCCCACCACCAAGUUAUGUCUGACCUGUACACACACAUUGAACAUAUGUAUGUAAAUAAUAAACUGUUAUUAAAUCAAA